AUGUUUUUCACCAGAUUCAGAUUCACGAUCUCGUAUAGACCAGGUUCCCUUAACACUAAGGCUGACGCGCUGUCCCGUCUCUACGACACUGAGGAUCGGUCCAUCAAUCCUAUUCCCAUCAUUCCGGCUGCUAGGCUGGUGGCACCGGUAGUAUGGGAGGUGGACGCGGACAACGAGCGGGCACUAAGGGGGGAACUGCGCCUCCACAGUGCCCGGAGGGUCUGCACACAAUCUCAGGAGGAGUUCAAGUUGGAAGAUCUGAAGAAACUGGAAAUCAUUAUCAACAGUAUUUUGACGUAUAACAGAGAUUUUGCUUUUGAUGUGCAGCCAGUGCCCUUGAGGAGAAUCCUUGCCCCAGGGGAGGAGGAGAACUUGGAGGUGGAAGAAGAGGAGGAUGCUGCUACAGGAGCAGGCUCCCCAGAGUCCUUUCCCAACAGAGUUCCGGGGGCAGCUAUUUUCUUUGAGUUCAAGCACUAUAAACCCAAGAAGGGGUUUACCAGCACAAAAUGUUUUGCCUUCAUGGAAAUGGAUGAGAUCAAACCUGGUCCCAUUGUGAUCGAGUUGUACAAGAAGCCUACUGACUUCAAGAGGAAGAAGCUCCAGCUCCUGACCAAGAAGCCACUCUAUCUCUACCUCCACCAGACGUUGCACAAAGAUUAAUAACCGAGGUCACAGAGUAGAGCACAUCAAGAAAGCAGAAGCGCCACAGAAUUCCACUGUAGUCAUCAGACAUCCAGCAAAGUUUGGUGUACCGA